UCCAGUCAGUCCAGCAUGCAGGAUGAACAACUGCGUGAUUCAUUCCAAGGACAGGCAGCCCAAUCUGAUGUCUGGAAUGAUGGCAGUAGGUCAGGACCUAGUCAAAAUUUUGAAGCUGAGUCAAUUCCAGAUGUUGUGGAUAUGGAAGAGGGCACAGGUUUCUAUCCCUCAGAACCAAUGCUCUGCAGCGAAUCGGUGGAAGGGCAAGUGCCACAUUCAUUAGAGACCCUGUAUCAGUCAGCUGACUGUUCUAACCCCAGUGAUGCCCUGAUAGUAUCCAUACAUCUUCUCGUGUUGGAGUCGGGUUACAUACCUCAGGGGACUGAAGCCAAAGCUGUGUCCGUGCUGGAGACUUGGAGGUCGGGGGGCGUGUAUAAGCUGCAGUACACACAUCCUCUCUGCGAGGGUGGCUCUGCUGCUGUCAGCUGUGUGCCUUUGGGAAACCUCAUCGUCAUAAAUGCUACACUAAAAAUCAACAAUGAGAUUAGAAGUGUGAAAAGACUGCAGCUGCUGCCAGAAUCUUUUAUUUGCAAACAGGAAUCAGGGGAAAAUGUAGCCAAGUCAUACAAAGAUCUUCAGAAGCUCUCUCGCCUCUUCAAGGACCAGCUGGUGUAUCCUCUUCUGGCUUUUACCCGACAAGCACUGAACCUACCAGAUGUAUUUGGGUUGGUAGUCCUCCCAUUGGAGCUGAAACUGCGGAUCUUCUGACUUUUGGUUGUUCGUUCUGUCCUGUCUUUGUCUGCAGUUUGUCAUGACCUCUGUAUUGCUUCAAAUGACCAACUUCUGUGGAGGUGUGUAUAUCUGCGGGAUUUUCGAGAUGAUACUGUCAGAGGUCGAGACACAGAUUGGAAAGAACUGUACAAGAAGAGGCACAAACAAAGAAAAGAAGCUCAGAGAGGGCGGCAUGUGAUGUUCCUGCCAUUGUCACCCCACCCCAUUCCAUUCUACCCCAACCCCUUGCACCCCAGGCCUUUUCCUCCCAGUUCUCUCCUUCCUCCAGGAAUUAUUGGUGGUGAAUAUGAUGAAAGACUAACCCUUCCUUAUGUUGGGGAUCCAAUGAAUUCACUCAUCCAUGGGCCUGGGGAGACACCCAGACAGUUCCCUCCACUCAGACCACGUUUUGACCCAAUCGGCCCCCUUCCAGGACCUAACCCCAUCUUGCCAGGGCGAGGUGGCCCCAAUGACAGAUUUCCCUUAAGACCUAGCAGGGGUCGGCCAACUGACAACCGGCUACCAUUCAUGUGA